AAUGUACUCAUCCAAGUCCGGCCGAGUUGGCGGCGGCGGCGGCUCAGGACGCAGAGCCGGAGCCGCCAAGCCUGGCCGAGCCUCCUUCCCUCCGCCCCUCCGCUCCUCCGCCCAAACCAGCCGCCUCUCCCUAGGAGGCUCCAAUCCCAGAGGCCGCAACUCAGGCUCCAAUACGUCAGCAGCCGCCGCGCCGCCGGCCGUGGAAGAGCAGUUAAGUUUAGUCGCCGGGCGUAACCCACUUGCUUUCUCUGUGAUCAUUCGUAUGGCGCCGGACUUGGUGGAAGAGAUCAAGCGCGUCGAAGACCAAGGUGGUGCGCCCCGCAUCAAGUUCGGUCCGUCGCCUAAUAACUCCCUCGGCAAUGUUAUUGAUCUGGGUGGGAAGGAGUUUACAUUUACAUGGGACCAGGAAGUUGGUGAUCUCUGUGACAUUUAUGAAGAGCAUGAAAGUGGUGAAGGUGGAAAUGGUUUGCUGGUUGAAUCAGGAUUUGCAUGGCGCAAAGUUAAUGUGCAUCGGAUCUUAGAUGAGUCAACUAAGAACCGUUUUAAACAGUGGUCAGAGGAAGCUGAGCACAAGAAUAAAUCCCGCAAGGCCAUUGUGUUAGAACAAUGUACAGAGACGAAGAAUCAGUUAAAGCAAUAUGAUACUACAACUGCUAAUCAACCUUGGAGGAAUUUCAAACGAAAGAAAGAGCCCCCCUUUAAGAAGCAGAAAGUUGAACCGCCUCAAGCUCCCCCUAAAUCUACAUUUAAAACUGGAGUGUCAUCAACAACUACUGCAAAGGGUAAGUACUCAUCAUCACCUCUUCAAACUCCACCUGAGCAAUCCGGUGCUCUAUCAUCUCCGUUAAGAACUAGAAAUAAUUUGAAGAGUCAUGCAAGUGCGGAAGAUAUUAUACCCUUUCAAGUGAUUAAAAAAGACAAACCUGCUCCAAGCUCUGAUAAAGAAAUCCAAAUCAGGACCAGUAUUGCACCACGAGAAACAGUGGGCAAGGGCAAUAGUGGAGCUAACGCUACAGAUUUGCUGAGUAUGUUGAUUGCUUUGCUCACGGAGAAUCCCAAAGGCAUGAGAAUAAAGGAUUUAGAGAAAGCUAUUGCAGAUUCAUAUCCCAACUCUAUAAAGAAAAUUGAGCCCAUUAUAAAGAAGAUUGCUAAUUAUCAAGCUCCAGGGAGAUACGUCUUGAAAUCAGGAGUGGAGUUAGAAAGCUUAAAGAAACCUGUGUCUGAAAGUGGAAGUUCUCCCGAGGAUAAACUUUGCCAGAAACCUGCUCCUGGUGGUAACCGUGAAUUGCCUGUUCAAGCACCACACUUUGAGGAGAAAGUUUCUCCUAAUGAGUUGGAGGAGCAGGUUCACGAACGAUUGGAUGCUACAGUAGGUCAGGAUUCAAGUGCAUUGAUUAAAAUUGAUUACCAACAGCAUUCCCCUGAUUUUUGUGGUGAAAAAAGGGGCCCCGACGAUAAUGAAGCACGAGGAGGAAGCUCUAGCGAUACUGGGAGUGCCAGUGACAGUGAUAGUGACAGCAGUGAUACCGGAAGUGACAGUGGAAGUCAUAGCAGAAGCAAAAGUUCAGCACGAAAUGGGAGUGGAAGUAGUAGUGAUAGUGAAAGUGAUGCAUCUUCUAAUAGCAAGGAAGGUUUUGAUGAGGAUGUGGAUAUUAUGGCAAGUGACGAUGAGAAAGAACUGAAACAUAAAUUGCAAGGCUCUGAACGAGGGUUUUCUACUUUGCCCGUCCCAUGGAGAACUCCUGACGGCAAGCAUGUGCAGAGUGGGAUUGAUGAGAAGCAAGAUGAUCUUGAAGUUGACGCAGUUGAGAUUGAAAAACAGUUGCUUGAUGCUGAUCAGGUUGCUGAAUUGGCUGUAGUUAGUAACUCUAAUCGUAAUAAAAGUGAACCUCUUGAAGAAACAAAACCCUUUUCACCUGAGCAUGGUGAGCUGCAAGGCCGCCAAAGUUUGGUAGACCCUGUGUAUGGAGGGGAGAGUUUAGCCAAGGAUGACUUCAGGGAUGAGCAGUCUGACAGUUCUGAGAAGAUAUCUAAAGGUACAUCCAAACGAGGUUCUGAGGUAAAGCACACUGAUGAGAAAUCUGAACACAAUAAAAGAUUAAAAACAGAAAUAUCACGGCAAUCUUCUAUUUCUGCGGGUAAAGGUGUCCAUCUUUCAGAGGCUUCUCACAAUUUGUCUCCUGAUAGACUUGUUGAAGGCUCUCAUAAGGACCCUGUCUCUCAAAUGAUGGAUAGAGAUGAUAGGGAUGGGAAUAUUGAAUCUGGAUCACUCAAGGCGUGCAACCAAGCAUUUUCUGGCAGAUACACUUCAGAGUUUAAACAAUCAAGUCAGCAGUUUUUUUAUCAUAAUUUACAGACAAAGGUUCCUGAUUCAGCAGAAAGACCAGAUAGAUAUGCAGAGAGUUUAGGGCACGGCAGGAAGUACUCUGAAAAGAGCUCUCAAAUGCAUGACGGUUUCCUCUUGCAAAAAGAUAAAUUUCAUAGAGAUACUCAAAAUGAGGACGGUUAUGCUAAUGAGAGAAAGGUUCCAAGAAAUUCUAAGGAAGGUGGUACCCGAGGCAAACAGUCAGUGCCCUUGGAUCCCCACUACCAGAAAGAUGGUGAUAUGGCUGGAAAGAUCAAGGGAAGUGCACAAGUUUCCAGCCUGUUACUGGGUUCUUCACCAAAGGAUAAUAGCAGAAAUGGUGCAGCCGCAUCCCAUGUCGUUAAUGGCAAAGGCAGUAUACUCCAAAGAGAGUUUUCAGACUUGGAGUUGGGCGAACUUCGUGAGCCCUUGCCUGAGGAAACAACAGUUAAUAAGCAAUUUGAGAGAAAAGGUUCUUUUAAGCAGUCAGAUGACAAAAAGAGCAUUUCAGAGAACCAGGUUUCUGAAUUCAGUAAAGUGAAACGUGCAGGAAAGGAAAAUUUUGAUUCGGGAAGGCCAUCCUCUCCAGAUUUAAACUCUAAGUUUCCAAGUAAUCAGGAAGGCUUGAAUAAAAAGAGGAACUACGAAGAUCGCAUUGAGGAUUUAACAAGGUCUCAACAGAGAGCUGUGCAGUCUGAGUCGCAACACCCAUCACGAGUAGAUCAUCCUGAUUUGGGGCGUUCGUUUAGCAAAACAGUGGGUCUUAGUAGUAAAUCUAGACAGAAUGAAGCUGGAGGCAGACAAGCAAUUGGUGUGGCUGGACAGGGAGAAAGCAAUAAGAAAGCAAUCCCAAGUGCUCCUCAGCAGCAUGACUCAAAACGAGGGCUAGUUUCCCACCCCAUACAAGAAAGUAAAAGACAUGCAUCCAAUAUAAUUGUGGAUUCGACUGAUGUACGAAAGAAAUCAAUGGUGGCAGACUGCAAUGACACUGAUAGAAAAAAGAGGGAUUCUUCUUCAGAUGAGAAUAGUUGUUCCUAUUCUAAGUAUGAGAAGAAUGAGCCCGAGCUCAAGGGACCAAUAAAUAAUCUCUCUCAGUACGAAGAGUAUGUGCAAGAAUAUCGUGAUAAGUAUGAUAGCUAUUGCUCGUUGAACAAAACCCUAGAGAGUUACAGGAAUGAGUUUGAAAAGCUAGGAAAGGACCUUGAUUAUGUUACUCAAGGCACGGAGAAAUAUUAUAACAUAUUGGGGCAGGUCAAGGAAUCAUAUCGUGGAUGUGAAAAGAAACAUAAGAGGCUGAAAAGAAUAUUUGUGGUACUUCAUGAAGAAUUGAAGCGCAUUAAGCAACGCAUUAAGGACUUUGCAAUCUCAUACAUGGAGGACUGAAACCUCGUCUUUCAGGCCCGAGGGUGUGAUUAGGAAGCUAGAUGUUGAAAACAGCACAACAGAGUCCUCUUGCUUAACUCAUGUCACGUUGAGAGCAUGUUCGCAGUUUUGCCGUGCCCGCGCAACCAGUAUACACGUAAAUAGCACUUAAACUCGUAUGUACAUUAGUUUUGUAUUCAGGUCAAGCUUUCUGUUCUUGUUUUGCCUGAUUAGUUCAGCCUAUUCAGUUUAUUCGGGCUUCUUGACAUUGUGCUUCAUGUGCAUAUAUUUGUAUGAAACCUUUAAGAAAAGGGAUGGAUUAGUUGUAGGGUCCACUCCACAUCGAACUUUAACAAUCUAUUUUUCAAGUUGCACCUCA